AUGAAAGAUACCCGAGCAACUAAGAGGAGAAGGGUCUCCGAGGACGAUGAUGGAGACAUCGAGAUGGGAAAUGAUAAUCAAGAUGUAUUCUCCGUCCCGUCAUCUCCCAACAACAACAGAACUUCUCCCACGCCGGUGAAAAGUGCAUCACGGCGUCGAUCUCUCCGCGGCGAAGACAAACCAGACUCUGCAACGACGGGCCAAGAUGGCGACGAGAAAGACGAGUCACAAACCCCGGCACGCGUUGGGACACGGUCAAGCGGACGGCAGCGCAAAACGCCAAAAAGGUACGAGGAGGAAGCCGUAACCCCAUCAUCGAGGAGAAAACCAGCAAAUACUCCUUCGCGAAGCGCGCGCGCCAACCGAAGUGUGCAAAAGCCGCGCCAAUCUCCAGUGGAAGACGAAGACGAGCCCGAUUCUGAAGAAGAGGAGGAGGAUGACGAUGACGAUGAUGAAGAUGACAUGGACCUCGACGAGUCUUCCCCGGAACCCGCCCCUCGUACAACCACAAGGAACAGAUCGAAGAAAACUACCGCGAGACCCGCCGCGAGAACCACAACAAGGACUACCGCGAGAACUACCGCGAAGUCCAGAUCCAAGAAAGCCUUGGUCGCAGAGCCGAAAGAAAAGUCGCCUUCGCCUGAGUAUCAGGACGGCUUGGAUGACCUCGUUACCAUGCAACUCCAGGAAGAUCUGUAUUACCAGCCGGAGGUGCCUGAGACCGCCGAUGUCUCCGAGCCAAUGCCAGAGUAUGCUGAAAACUUCCAAGCGCUCUGUCAGACGGGGCUUGAGGACGAAAUGCGUAUUCUCUCGACUAUUCUACUCGAAAAGCUAUCAGGGAAACGGCAGAUUCCAGUGCAAGGACUAGAAUCUGAAUACCAAAAAGUUCAUCAGCUCAUUGAACAGACGGUUUCCAUCGGCGAGGGUAACUCCAUGCUUCUUCUUGGAUCCAGAGGGUGCGGCAAGACCGCGAUUGUGGAAUCCAUCAUUUCGUCCCUUAAAAAGGAUCACAGCAACGAUUUCCACGUCGUUCGUCUCAAUGGAUUCUUACACACAGAUGACCGUCUUGCUUUGCGCGAGAUGUGGCGCCAACUUGGCCGUGAGAUGCAUACCGAGGAAGAUGCGGCCAAGGUCAGUUCUUAUGCGGAUACGAUGGCCACACUCUUGGCUCUAUUGUCGCACCCAGAGGAGCUCUUUGGGGCUUCUGGGGACCCAGGGUCAAAGACUGCUGCGAAAUCUAUCGUGAUUUUGUUGGAUGAGUUCGACCUAUUCGUCACCCACCCGCGACAGACUCUGUUGUAUAAUCUGUUUGAUAUUGCCCAGGCCCGCAAAGCCCCCAUCGCGGUCAUUGGGCUCACGACAAAAGUCGACGUAACUGAAAUGCUUGAGAAGCGUGUCAAGAGUCGAUUUAGUCAUCGAUAUACUUAUGUUCCUCUACCUCGCUCCUUCGACACCUUUUCAGAUAUCUGCCUAGGGAGCCUGGAUCUCAGUAAUGCCGAAAUGACUGAUAUUGCAGAUGAACUUGGAUCUGAACACACUCUAGUGGAGUCGAACAAAUGGAAUACACUGCUAGAGGGGUGGAAGGAAUAUUUGAAGCAUAUGUGGAAUGACAAAGAAUUCCAAUUCCACCUCAAGCGCAUCUACAACCAAACCAAAUCAGUAAAGGAGUUUUUCAACAGCGCGCUUCUCCCCAUCAGCGACUUGCUACAAAGUGUAUCAACCGCCGACACGCCCAUGCCCGAAGUCCCAACCCCGAAAAGCUUCGCUUCCCAAUCCCUUGAUUGCCCCGACCCAGCACCUCUCCCUUUCUCCACAUCCAUCACAUCAUCUAGUCCCUCAUCAUUGCCACUGGCGUUGUUGGUAGCCGCCACCCGUUUAGCAGCCCUAUUCGACCCCGGAAACGACGGGUCCCAGUCACAUAGCAUUGCACCACUUUCGCUUUCGUUCCCCGCCGCAUAUGCAGAAUACGUUCGGCUUCUGACCUCCGCAAAGAUAUCUGCUUCAGUCUCGGGAGCUGCUGCCACACCAGGCCGUGUCUGGGGCCGAGAUGUAGCCCGAGAGUCCUGGGAAAAGCUGCUCAGCUGGGGACUUGUGACUCCCGUGGGUAGUGGGAACGGCACUGCUGACGGGCAGAUGUUCCGUGUGGAAAUCAGUUUCGAGGAGGUCAUUGAAAUGGCGGGCUCCGGAGGUGCUUUGGGCCAGUGGUGGCGCGAAUAA